AUGGGUGUUCAAUCCACAGCUAAUCUCCCCAAAGAGACUGUAUCGCAUCUAGAUACUGCCCCUACUCCAAAACCAGGGGUUCUUUUGCAAGUCAGAGCAGGAAGAAUCAAGAAAGGCGCCCUAGGAGGUGAAAUCACCUCUGCUAUCUACAAACAGCAACAUGACGGACCGGUAUUCUGCAGCGCAACUGGUGUUCUGGGCGACGAACACGCUUCCAGCGGACACGGUGGCACGGAGCGCGCGGUGCAUCAGUACAACCCAGAUCAUUACCCAGACUGGCGAGCCGAGAACCCACCAGAGCCAGAUCUGUACGAUGUCGGAGCAUACGGCGAGAACCUUGUCACGACCAACAUGAGUGAUGAGAAUGUAUGUAUUGGCGACAUAUACAAACUCGGCGACGACGUUCUUCUCGAAGUAAGUGAACCACGACAUCCAUGCUUUAAACUCAACUCCCGAUUUAAAUGGCCGCGAGCCCUCAAACGAACGAUACGAACAGGACGAGCAGGGUGGAACAUGCGUGUCUUGAAGACAGGCAAUAUCUGCAAGGGAGACACAAUCUCUCUGCUAGAGAGACCAUAUCCCAAGUGGUCUGUGUUGAACGUUCAGCGUGUCAUCAGAGCAAGGAAUGUCUCACUCAAUCUGCUGGCGGAAUGCACACAGCUUCCCAUGACAGACCUCUUUUUGGACAUUGCAAAAGAGAGAUUGAGGAGUGCUCCAAAGACAUAUACGCUGGUCGACGCUCAUCUCGUCGCUCAGCGCGUCAGGAAGCUCACAUUCGCCUUGAAAGAGCCUUUGACCAUUGUCAACCCCGCGUUCGACCCUUAUGCCUUUGCACAGGUCACAUUCGGACGUGAGACAAAAUUUGAGCGCUCUUACUCGAUUGUCGAUGGUGAUAUAUACAAGUUCAGCCUAGGCGUGUCACUCGAUCGGCAAUCACGAGGAGGUUCAGCUUAUCUACACAACGAGUUGAAGAUCGGCGACCAGAUUGAAAUGUCUCCUGGAUCAAACCCUGGUGCAAUGGAAAACGAUGCAAAGUGCGACGAGAGUCUCACACGAGUUCUGAUCGUCGGAGGGAUUGGAAUAACGGCCUUUUUGCCCUCGAUGCGCGACUGGGAGAGCAAAGGCCUGCCAUACCAUCUGCAUUAUGCCAUUCGAAGUCUUGAAGAGGCCGCCUUUCUCGACCAACUUCCCAAAGACAAGACCACUUUGUACAUCCGAUCAGAGGGUCAACGACUCGAUAUUAGUGGUGCCAUACCAAAGCCCAACCAUGAUGGGGCAUACAACGCGCGUAUAUUCUCAUGCGGACCCUCAGGCAUGAUGAAGGAAUGCGAGACCGUUGCCAAGGAACUUGGAUACCCAGACCACAUGCUUCAUUUCGAAGAUUUCGGUAGCGGUGGCGGCGGUGAUCUGGGAGAGCCCUUCGAAGUUGAAGUCGAUGAGCCAGACUCCAACAGACACGAAACGAUGACGGUUCCUCCAAACAAGACGCUGCUAGACGUUCUCAAUGACGCGGGCUUUGACGUAUUGUACUCUUGUAAGUCUGGGGCUUGUGGUGCUUGUAAAGUGGAGUUAUGCGAGGGAAAGGUUGACUAUAAGAGUACGGCGCUGCUUGGGAAAGAGAAGGGGAAAGCAUUACAGGCUUGUGUCGAUCGUGGUAUAGGGAGGCUCAGGAUAGAAAUAGAUUAG